AUGCGGCUCCCCUCCUGCCUGGGAGUGGUCUUCUGGACCCCGGAGAAGCACCAGUUCUGCGAGUGUCUGCUGCUGUCCCUUGUGUCCCCGAGUGCCCAGGUGCGGACGCACCGCUCCAGCCGUGUGCGCCUGGUGUCUCUGUGUUCCUGGGGCUCGCGCCUCCAGGCCCAAGAUGCAGCUGUCUGUCCUGGGAGCCUGGACUGCGCCCUGAAGAGGCGUGCACGGUGUCCCCCAGGCGCACACGUCUGUGGGCCCUGCCUUCAGCCCUUCCAGGAGGAUCCACAGGGCCUCUGUGUACCCAGGAUGCACCGGCCUGUGGGGGAGAGCCUGCCUAGGCCCAGACUGGAAGAUGAGAUUGACUUCCUGGCCCAGGAGCUGGCCCGGCAGGAGCCACGGCACUCCAUGCUCACCGCCCAGCCCCAGCUUGAAGGCGGACAGCGGCCCCUGGAGCCGGCAGCCACCCUAGGGCUCUCUGAGCGCCGCCAGGGCCCCAACCUGGGCCUCCCCUCCACUCGGGGAGCCCCUGCACCCACGGCCCGCACCUCCUUGGGCUCCCCUGUGUCGUCUGGGCCGGUGCACAUGUCCCCUUUGGAGCCCCGGGGCGAGCACGGUGACGGCCUCGCCCUUGUGCUGGUCGUGGCGUGCUCGGUAGCGGGCGCGGCCGCUCUCGCCGUGGCCGCCCUCUGCUGGUGCAGGCUGCAGCGAGACCUCCGCCUGAUUCAGAAGGCCGACUACGCGGCCCCGCAGGCGCCCGGCUCGCCCGAGACGCCCGGGAUCUCGCCGGGCGACCAGAGGCUAGCGCACAGCGCCGAAAUGUACCACUACCAGCACCAGAGGCAGCAGAUGCGGUGCCUGGAGCGGCAUAAAGAGCCGCCCAAGGAGCUAGAGUCGUUGUCGUCGGACGAGGAGAACGAAGACGGCGACUUCACAGUGUACGAGUGCCCGGGCCUGGCCCCGACCGGAGAAAUGGAGGUCCGGAACCCGCUGUUCGAUCACUCGUCGCUGGCCGUGCCCCUGCCGCAGUGACCCGAGGCUGCCGGCCCGCCUUCUCCCGGACUGCAUGGCCCACGGGUGGGGAGGGUGGGGCCGGAGUUUCCCAUUAAAGAGACCGUGUUCUGAAGGCGGGGUGCUUGUGGCUGGGCCAGGGCACGGAGGGCGGGCUGGCGUGGGGGCGGGAACCCCUCUUGAGAAGACUCAGCCCCUCCUGCCAGGGACCACUUUACCCUCGCACCUGUCCUCUGGAGUCCGAACACGAACACGCACAGGAGGGGGUGGGGCCAACCCUAAGGGCCAGGCUGGGAUGAGGCAUCCUGGAGACAGAGCCAAUUAAAACUCAUUUCAAACCCACCA